AUGGAGACAGCUGAGAGAGAAGAGGCAACAGCAGAGGCUCGCAUGGAGGGCGUUUGGCGUUCUGACGCGCCGGUGACCAUCUUCUUGGACAGCCACAUUGAGGCUACGCGAGGAUGGAUUGAGCCUAUCCUGGCGCGCAUUGCUGAGGACAAGCGUCAUGUAGUCGUACCGAGCAUCGACACCAUCGGCGCAGAGGACAUGGUUUAUCGGGUUGGUGGCGGUCUUGGAGUUUUAGGCUUUUCAUGGACUCUUGGGCAGGACCCUUACAUGGCCGAUACCGGGCCUGACGGUUCGCACCCGGCGAAGUCCCCAGUCAUGGCUGGAGGACUCUUUGCUUCUGACACUCGAGAAUUUCUGCGCCUUGGUGGCUACGACCCAGAGAUGCGCCUCUAUGGCGGGGAGGAGAUGGAGAUCGGCUUCCGAACUUGGAUGUGCGGCGGUGACAUCGAGUAUUUGCCGUGCUCUCAUGUCGGUCACAUCUUUCGCACGCCUGCAUACUGGAAAGGACAGGUGUACAAGGUGCCCGGCGAGGAAAUCUCCCGCAACAAGCUUCGCACUGCAGAGGUUUGGAUGGACGAGUACAAAUCUCUUGUCCAGUUUGCCUCAAGCCCGCUGCCCGCGUCUUUGCCGAUUGGUGAUCUCGAGCCGCGGCGACAGCUCCGCCAGAAGCUCCAAUGCAAGGACUUCCGUUGGUACCUCCAGACUGUCACUCCGCACCUGUUCGUGCCAAAGAUCUCGCCCCAGACCAAGGGCGGUGCACUGAGAAACCAGGUGUUGGAUGCAUGUCUGGACACUCUCGGAAGCCGCCUACCAGGCGAUACUAUUGGCUGCUACCCAUGCCAUGGGCAGCACGGGACACAGGCCUUCGUGGAAGACGAGUCGGGCUUGCUCAGAGUGCCGCAAUUAGGCUACAAGAUGUGCCUCUCCAUGGAGAAUAGCUUUGUGAGCGUGAGGCCAUGUCAGGAAAAAGAUGAGCGGCUUAAGUGGUCCCUGGACUCAAACCUGCAUAUAAGGAGCUCGCAGGGAACGUGCCUUCAAGCUUCAGAUCAAGCUUCUACCCGCAGUCCAUUCACACUCAACGUCGGCACUUGUCAAGAUGACAAGAGCCAAGAGUGGCACUGGUCUUAA